UGGGCUGCCGCCGCAGAGUUAAACUUUGGAGGGGGAAAAAGAGCCACGGGCUCCCUGCGCUGGGUGACUUUCCCCUCCUUCCCACCCCCCGCCACCCCACUGCCGAUGGUAACACCGCCUUCCCCGCGGGGCUCGACCGAAUUUUUCUCCAACUUCCGAGACCCGUGAGAUUCCCUCCUUAGCACCUCGGCCCUCGGGAUCCCUCUGCCCAUCCCCGGGCCCGCCAUCGGAUCCCUGGGAUCCAUUCGAUCCCCGACUCAGAGGCUCCUGCUCUCCACCCCCAAGGUCUGGAGAAUCCCUCUGGCCCCCUUCUUAAAUGGAUUCUCUUCCUAGAGCCACUGACUUCUCGACUCCACCUGCUCCCUUUCCAAUCCCUUCUCUCUCCACGGAUCCUUUGGAUCCUGGGCUUUUCUGAUCGCUGUGACCCGGACCUACUAGAUUUUCUUCUUUGAUUUCUUGGUAUCUCCCAAUUGCUGGCCCCCCUCCCCAGAACCACUAGAUUUCUCCUUUCUGAUCAUCUGUGAUCCUUUAAUUCCCCGGGUGGGCGUCUGAUCCACUAGAUUCCUUUUCUCUAACUUCCCAGGGUCCCACCAUCCUCGAGUUCCCUCAACCUGCCAGGCAGUGUUCUCUUCUUGGAUCCCCGGGAUCCCCGCUUAUAAGAUCCCCGGUUUACAGUGACCCAAGCCUCCCUGCUCAGGCUUCUCCAGCCGGAUCCCGGGGUGGGCGCCGGGCGGCCGACCCCGGGCCUCCCCUAUGGCCGCCGCCCCCUCGCAUCCCGCCGGGCUCCCGGGCUCUCCCGGGCCGGGGUCACCUUCGCCCUCCGGCGGCUUGGAACUGCAGUCGCCGCCACCUCUGCUGCCCCAGGUCCCAGCCCCGGGCUCGGGGGUCUCCUUCCACAUCCAGAUCGGGCUGACCCGCGAGUUCGUCCUGUUGCCCGCCGCCUCUGAGCUGGCCCACGUGAAGCAGCUGGCUUGCUCCAUCGUCGACCAGAAGUUCCCCGAGUGUGGCUUCUACGGCCUUUACGACAAGAUCCUGCUCUUCAAACAUGACCCCACGUCGGCCAACCUCCUGCAGUUGGUUCGCUCCGCCGGAGACAUCCAGGAGGGCGACCUGGUGGAGGUGGUACUGUCGGCUUCGGCCACCUUCGAGGACUUCCAAAUUCGCCCGCAUGCCCUCACCGUUCAUUCGUACCGAGCGCCUGCCUUCUGCGACCACUGCGGGGAAAUGCUCUUCGGCCUAGUUCGCCAGGGCCUCAAGUGUGAUGGCUGCGGACUGAAUUACCACAAGCGCUGCGCCUUCAGCAUCCCCAACAACUGCAGCGGGGCGCGCAAGCGACGCCUGUCGUCCACGUCUCUGGCCAGCGGCCACUCGGUGCGCCUGGGCACCUCUGAGUCCCUGCUCAGCAUGACUGAUGAGCUGAGCCGUAGUACCACCGAGCUCAUCCCUCGCCGCCCUCCCUCGUCCUCCUCUUCAUCUUCUGCCUCGUCCUACACCGGUCGCCCCAUCGAGCUGGAUAAGAUGCUGCUGUCCAAGGUCAAGGUGCCACACACCUUCCUCAUCCACAGCUACACACGCCCCACCGUCUGCCAAGCUUGCAAGAAACUCCUCAAGGGCCUCUUUCGCCAGGGCCUGCAGUGCAAAGAUUGCAAGUUCAACUGUCACAAACGCUGCGCCACCCGCGUCCCUAACGACUGUCUGGGGGAGGCACUCAUCAAUGGAGAUGUGCCCAUGGAGGAGGCCACUGAUUUCAGCGAGGCUGACAAGAGCUCCCUCACGGAUGAGCCAGAUGACUCAGGUUUCAUCCCUGGCUCCCACUCGGAAAAUGCUCUCCAUGCCAGCGAGGAGGAGGAAGGAGAGGGGGGCAAAUCUGAGAGCUCCCUGGGGUACAUCCCCCUAAUGAGGGUGGUGCAGUCAGUGCGACACACAACGCGGAAAUCCAGCACGACGCUUCGAGAGGGCUGGGUGGUUCAUUACAGCAACAAGGAUACACUGGUGAGUGGGUGGGCGUUCACACCCUCUGUCCAACCCCUGCUUGUGCGCUCCCGUCCCAUCAGCAAGUGUCGCCCACGUGGACGCCGUGCCCUGAGUUUGAUUUCGGCUCCAUCACUUUUCAGCUGGGGGACCCAGGAAAUUCCACUGUCUGAAAUCCUCACCGUGGAGCCGGCCCAGAACUUCAGCCUCGUGCCACCAGGCACCAACCCACACUGCUUCGAGAUUGUCACUGCCAAUGCCACCUACUUUGUGGGAGAAACCCCUGGUGGGGCCCCAGGCGGGCCUAGCGGUCAGGGGGCUGAGACUGCCCGGGGCUGGGAAACGGCCAUCCGCCAGGCCUUGAUGCCUGUCAUCCUCCAGGACGCACCCAGUGCCCCCGGCCACGCACCCCACAGACAAGCUUCUCUGAGCAUCUCUGUGUCUAACAGCCAGAUUCAAGAGAAUGUGGACAUCGCCACUGUCUACCAGAUCUUCCCUGACGAGGUGCUGGGCUCCGGCCAGUUUGGAGUGGUCUAUGGCGGGAAGCAUCGGAAGACAGGCCGGGACGUGGCAGUAAAGGUCAUCGACAAACUGCGUUUCCCCACCAAGCAGGAGAGCCAACUCCGGAACGAAGUGGCCAUUCUGCAGAGUCUGCGGCACCCAGGGAUUGUCAACCUGGAAUGUAUGUUCGAGACCCCGGAGAAGGUGUUCGUGGUGAUGGAGAAGCUGCACGGGGACAUGCUGGAGAUGAUCCUCUCCAGCGAGAAGGGCCGGCUGCCUGAGCGCCUCACCAAGUUCCUCAUCACCCAGAUCCUGGUGGCUUUGAGACACCUUCACUUCAAGAAUAUCGUCCACUGUGACUUGAAACCAGAAAACGUGUUGCUGUCAUCAGCCGACCCAUUUCCUCAGGUGAAGCUGUGCGACUUCGGCUUCGCGCGCAUCAUCGGCGAGAAGUCGUUCCGGCGCUCGGUGGUGGGCACGCCGGCCUACCUGGCGCCCGAGGUGCUGCUCAACCAGGGCUACAACCGCUCGCUGGACAUGUGGUCGGUGGGCGUGAUCAUGUACGUCAGCCUCAGCGGCACGUUCCCCUUCAACGAGGACGAGGACAUCAAAGACCAGAUCCAGAAUGCUGCCUUCAUGUACCCGGCCUGCCCUUGGAGCUGCAUCUCGGCCGGAGCCAUCGACCUCAUCAACAACCUGCUGCAGGUGAAGAUGCGCAAGCGCUACAGCGUGGACAAGUCUCUCAGUCACCCAUGGUUACAGGAGUACCAGACGUGGCUGGACCUCCGGGAACUGGAAGGGAAGAUGGGCGAGCGGUACAUCACGCACGAGAGUGACGAUGCGCGCUGGGAGCAGUUUUUGGCAGAGCACCCACUACCCGGGCCGGGGCUGCCAGCCGACCGGGUGCUUCGUGGGACCCUCCCACCCCCGGACCACGAGAUGCAGGGGCUGGCCGAGCGCAUCAGUGUCCUCUGAGGUCUCGGGCUCCCACUCUGGCUGCCUCGUGAUGCUGUCCUUGCGUGCUUGGAGAGCGGCGCUUCACACCUUACCAGUGAUGGAACUGUUCUGAGGAAAGCAGUUUCCUGCCCAACUUGGACACGCCCCCGGGGGAGGGGCAGGGGCCGGGGUUAUUUCCAAAGUUAAUUCCCCAGCAAUUAAAAUGGACUCAUCUCUGGCCCUAUGGCCUUGGUCUUUGGCCACA